CUAAAUAUGUUCCAUAUCUGAAGGAUGAAAUGGAAGUACCUGUAACUCCUCCAUGCAGACAACAAAGAUCAUGGGUUAAUUUUCUGUGGACAGGACUUCAAGAAGAGCCUAUUCCUCUAUCUGGUAACAGUAUUUUGAUUACAGAGCCCUCUAGGGAAUACUUAGAAUCUUUGGUAUGGCAGUCAGAGAAGUAUCAGGAUAAUAUGAACUCUCUUUUGCUUGUCGGGCAUCCGACUGUUAAACUUGCCUAUCAGCGUCAUUCGCUUACAGAACUGAACAAAAUACUACCAAUUGACAUAGAAGGACCAGUGCUUAGCUCACUAGAGGAGGGCUGGUGGCUUCAUUUGGGUUUAGAUCCAGUCUCCAUAGAAACUUUGGAGCAAUUGAAUAUGGAUGCCAGUAAUGCAAACAAUUUGCUUCCUACAGAACUAGAAACAUUCACAAAAUUUACAUCAUAUGAGUUGGAAAGAUGGCUUGAAGACAAGAAUUCUGUGACAGACCAGGAGCUGUUUUCUGCUGAAGGACAUAGGUCAGACAAAGUAAUUAAGCUUUACAUGUCACCACAGACUCAAAGGCAGUGCUUUGCCCUGCAUAUGGGUACUGCAUCAUCUGCCAAAAUUCAGAAUACAAAUACAUCUAUGGAAGAGCUUACUGGAGGAAGCAUAAAAAAGAAUAAGGUAGAAGAGGUGGUUUAUUUCUUAAAUGAAGAAAAGAAAAACCCCAAAUCAUCUGACUCGUUCAGCUGUAAAGAUGUGUCUUCUAAACCAGACAACUUAUCCAGUAGUCAAAAGCCUGCAUCAUUUACACUUGCUACAAAAUGGGACGAUGAUUCUGAUCUGAGCAACUUUAUCAUGCUGAGAUCUAAACAUACACUCACUCAAAGAAAGGAAGAAAAUUAUGUAGAUAGUCCUGGAAAAGUGCUACAACCUGAAGAACAGCAUAUACAUGUUCAUAAACAGGACAAUUCUGUUUGUGAGAACGUAAGAAUACAGGAAAAAGAAGAAGAGGAGGAGGACAAUGUCACAGUCGAUAUUCAAGCAUCAGAAAGUCAGUGCCAGGCAUACUGCCUCUUGGAAGAAGCAGCCACUCCUGUUCUAAAAGAUUUGACACAUCUGAGUGUACUUGCUUCUGUAAAGUGGAAUUUUGACAGUGUUAAAUUUGAUCAUACAAGGUUUUUCUUAAAACAGCAAGAGAAAGUGAUACAUGAUCAUUUUAAAGAAGGUAAAAUAGAUGAGAAGGAGAUCAUGCUGUUCAGAUAUGCUGCUCUGGUGCACCUGCUGGUGACGGUUCGAGAUCUUCUUUUAGCAUGUGGCUUGGACACAGCACUAGAUUAUUUGUCCAAGGCAAAGGAUAUCUAUAAAAACAUCUUAGAAUCCUGUUUGAAUAACAUCUGGAGGCAGUUGAAGAUUGUACAGUACAGCAGCCAGAAAAAACAUGAAACAAAUCCCAAAAUAACAGAGCUUCAGUCUCAAAUGUUAAAUUGGAUGCAAAGUUAUGGAGAGGAACACAGUGUUAAGAUACUAAUCAUAGCAAGGAUGGACUCUGAAAGAGAAAAAGCUGCCCUCAUUCACACUUUAUCUAGAGUAGAAGGUUUAAAAGCUGUGGAUUUGAAUUCAGAGAAAAAAAGAACCUUUUUAGAUUGUAAAUAUAUCAUAAGCAAUAGAUAUUCCUGUGUUAUUGUACAUAAUCAGCAAAUUGGAGCUGACUUCCCUUGGACACAUUUCUCAUUAGUAAUGGAAUAUGAUUAUUCUGAAAACUCUUGCUGGAAAAAUCUGUGCAAAAAUCUGAAUGUUACUUACAUGACUUUUAAAACCACCCUUCCUGAAACAAUGCAAAUGGGGAAUCACUGUGGUUCUUUUCUUCUGGAGGUACAGAUUCCAUAUGUAUUUGUGACAACUGAAGGUCUUCUUAAUAUGCCAGAUAUUCUUCAGCUUUUGGAAUCCAAGUACAGCAUUACCUUUGUUGAAAGAAGCAGUAGUUACUCCUUAAGGCUUUUUGGAAGUACGGAUCGAUACGUUGUGUUGACAAUAGAUGAAUCUACUGCUAUCUUUUUGCAGUGUAUGGAAGAACUACAUUAUGAGAAAUCCUGUGAUGAUGUAAUAUCAAAGCUGAUGGCAUUAUCGCUCCAAUAUACGUGCUGUUGGAUUGUUUUCUAUUCCAGAGGAAGAGUGAGUUUGGAGUACAGUCUCAGGGGAGAUACUCUGCUUAACCUUGCUUUAAUUUAUGCCACUCUAAUUGGACUUACACAAAAGUCAGAAGUCUUUGAAGUGAAGGUAGUUCUUAUGCCAGGGAUUGAAGAGACAGCACUGAUAAUUCGUCACAUUACUGACAACAUUUUGAUAGCAUCUAAUGUCAAUCCUCAUGAGUGGUUGGACAAAUCCUGGCUUUCUGUCUUGCCAUCUGAGACAGAGAAAUGCCUGCUUACUUUUCCAUCUAUCAACCCUCUGGUUGCUCAGUUUAUGUUAAAGAAGGGAUCUUCGCUGAACAGAUUGUUUCUUGCAAGCUUUGAUCAACUUCAGGAACUUCUGCCAGAAGUUCCAAAAAAAGUUUUAAAGCAUUUUAGUGACAUGACGUCUUUAUACAGGCUAAAUGCUGCUGCUCCACUAGAAACAGCAGUGAAAGGUGCAUCAUACCCAGAAAAACAGAAUAACUUCAGCACAUUCUAUCCAGAUUAUAAACAAAAUCAUCAGUCUUUACAGCUGCUUGGCAAGGCACAAAACACCACAGGAACAUCUGAUAUGAGUUCUGAAGCCUUAAUUCCGCCAUUGAAUCAUCAUCAGUGUUUUUUUGACUCUAAUCUUCCAAGCUAUAUACAAAAGAAAUCAUGUUCUUCAGAAGUAAUUAGGAGGACGAAGCAGAAUUUCUUUGCUGUGCCAAAGGACUGUGAAGAUUUUGCUCACCUCAAUGUUACGAAUUCUCUUCGUGUUCAAAGACAGCCUUUAUGGACACACUAUGACUCUCAUCAUUCUUCCAAAAACUCUGAAAAAGAGGAUUUCUUUGCAACUUCUAGCCACUGUGCAUCUCAGGAGAGCUCUAAGAGUUUUCUAAAAGAAUUUAGGGACACAACAUUUAAGAGCGCAGAAAUUCUGAUUGACCAGACCCCAUGGAAUGAUUCUGCAUCCACAGGCCCAUGUGAUUCAUUUGCACCUGAUGAUUUUCUCUCUCAUUUAUUUGUUGACCCAUAUGAGCUUCAGGGUCUGAAUUUUCACCAAAUAGGUAGAGAAUAUAAAGGAAAGAUAAAACGAAGUCCACCAUUCUUAUGGACAAAAGAAAAAAAUACAACAGAUUCAGGAUUUGCAGAAGUACCAGAGUUCAAAAAAAGGAGACUGACAUAUGAAAGAGUCCCUGGAAGAAGUGAUGGACAAACACGUCUUAAAUUCUUUUGA